AUGACCACUGCCGCACCCGAGCCUGCUACUGCUGCUGCUGCUGCUGCCGCCGCCGCCGCCGCUGGACCCGGCCUGGCAGCGGAAUAUUGCGGCGGCGGGCGCCUGGGACGCACCAGCCUCGGCACAACUACCACUUACUCCCGCACCGGUAGCGCGUUGCUGCUGCCGUCAGGCUCCCUGCCAUCGACGCAAGGGGCUUUGCUGGCGUUGCCCAACCCGCCGUACAAUCUCAGCCCCGGCGGCAGCACCGCCGCCGCUGCCGUACUCGCGUCAGAUCCAACAAGUGGCGAGAUGCGGUCUGUGGACGAGCUUACACCGCUGGAUUUUGGGUUGCCGCCCUUCACACCGCGGCCGAAGCCCGGUCAAAUGCUCGUACGUUUGCGAGCCGGCCCCUUGGAAAGCGACGCUGCUGUGCAACAGUAUCCGGCGGUACCUGAGCGGCAGCACCACCAACAACAUCUACAGCAGCAGCUGCAGCAACAACAUGUUGGUUGGCGGGGCGGCGCGACAGCACAGCCUCGGCAGCUAGGCAGGGCCGGUGCAAUGGCCGGGGCAGCUGCCAGGAAGACGGUUGGGAGCCGCGCCGCGUCAAGCGUGGCUUCGCCGCAGGCCUCCGGGAAGCCGCUCCCAGUAGUCGGCCCUAGCGCGGGGGGAGCCCCCGACGCCGCCGCCGCUGUAGCAGCAGCAGCACCAGCAGGCGCUUGCUUGGCAAUUAGCUCAUCCGCAGCGGACCUGACCUCGACAGCUUCCCAGGGACUCAUCGUCACGGGCACAUGGUCUCAUGCCGCCCAGGUCAGCCCUAGGUCAUCUGAGGUGAUGACUCGGGUGGCGGCUGUAGCCGGUCCUGCGACGGCGCAGCAGCAACAGCAGCAGCAGCUAUCGCCACCUGUCGCCAUGCGGACCUUGGAAGAUAGCGGCGGUCGCUGGGACACAACCACAUGCCCAUCGACGCUUUCCACGCCUUCGCCUCUGCCUGCUGUCUACUAUCCAGCAUCCUCUGCCCUCGCCGCCGUUGCUGCCUUAAACGGGCCAGGCGGUGCCGCCGGCUCAUCCGCUACCGUACGACUGAGCGCCGCGACGAUGGGCGCCGCCAUCCCGCCGGCUGCCGGAUGCGUGAGUUCGGUGAUGAACGGUAGUACGGCAUCCAUGGCGCCAGCGCCGUUGGCUUUGUCGGUAUCGGCAUCAGGCACGGCAUUGGCGAUGCCGCCAGCCCGCCAGCGGGCGGCUCGUGUGUCGGCCCCCAGCGGACCUCUUGACAGCUUUGACACGGACUCGAGCUUUGCAGCGACGGAAGCCGGAAUAACAUUCGACGUGGCACGGACUACGGAAUACCGCACUGACGGGCUGCUGGUGGCGCAGCUGCGCGCCGCCGCGGCAGCAGCUGCGGUGAAUGCUGCAGUAGUCGCCGGCACGACUGAUGGCGGUCGUACGGCACUGCGCGGUGGCGUCGGCAGCGGCCUCCGCGGCGCCAGCGGUGUGGGCAUCGCCAAGUUUGGACCUGGUCGUCGAGUGGCAAGCGUGGCGACUCUCUGCGGCGCUGUUGGCGGCGGCGUCGGACAGCAUCAUCGUGGCCCACGGGUCAUUGAGCCGGCCCUCCCGGGGCCGAGCCAUCCGCUGUACUACAACGCGCCCAUGACGGAAUGGAACGAACCCGAAGCCGUCGCUGCCGUCACCGCAGCCGCCGCCGAGGCCGCCGCCCCAGCACAAAACAGUGGUACAACACCGUGGCGCGUAGCCGCGUUUGGUCGUAAGAGCGCCCGGCGGCUCGCCGCCGCCGCCGCCGCCGCCGCCACCGCUGGGCAACAACAGCCGCAACAACAACAAGACCAACAGCAAAACCAGGGGACGCAAGGCACCAGUGCCGUAUCCGCCGCAGCUCCGCCGUCGCCGUCUCCCAAGCAAUCCACUAUACGACCAUCAGCACCCACCGCCGCUGUCGCUGCCGCUGCCGCCGCCGCCGCUGCCACGACAGGUCCUGCGCUGGCGACCUUGCUGGUAAACCCGGUGCCGGACCCGCUUGCAAAGUCUCAAUCCAGCCGUACAUCUGCUCCGACAAUGUCCGGCCACUACUUAGCUUCCGGGAUGCUGCGAGCGCAUGUGUCGGCGCCGCCGCUGGUAAUGCCAGCGUCACCGCUGACGUCGCCCCUGCAGGUCCCCCUGCAAGAGCCUCAGCAGCAAUACCAGAGCAGACUUGACCGUGUCGCACCUGCAUCAUCUUCACCGACAUCGGCGCAGCAUUCACAGAGGAUGCCGCUGCUACUUGACGAGGACAGAGUCUGCCAAUGGAUUGCUGUCCAGGGUCUUGCAAGCUGGCAUGGCCGGCCGUCGGAUGCGUGUACGGACGAAGGUGACGGCGGCGAUGGCGGGCGCCGCGAUGGUGGUACGGCUGUCGGUGCUGUCAACCCCUGCAGCUUCCAGGCCCCCAUCAUCUAUCAUGGAGUACGCCAUGCUCUACAACAGGAGCAGCCACCGCAGCAACUGCAGUCGCCGUCGUCGCCGCUGCCGCCAGAGCUACAGCCGCCCACAGAGCCAGCCGGUCAGCUAUCACACAACGCCCGCACGUCGCCAGUCCUACCACCGUACAGCAGCCGGAGAGCUCGCCCCUCCCCUCUGAAGCGGUAUCGGGAGGUUCUGGACGACGGUGUAGCUGGGCAGCACUCGCCGGUGUUCCGCCAACACGCGGCCAUGCCGUACUGCUCGCGGCGAUCUCGUACAUCACAGGCGGAGGACGGCGGCGGGGUUCCGGAGGAUUCGGAGUACACGAGCCUGAGCGCCAUUUUGUUGCGGACUCAGCAGGAGCUCACUGCACAGCUCGCUCGCAGCAGGUCUCCUGAGCCCCCGGUGCUGGAAGCGGUUCCGGAGCCGUCGUCAGCGUCGGCUCCGACACCGUCGUCCCCAACGUCCCGCAGCACCUCCCUGGAGGUGGCUCGAUCUCCAAUUAUAUCCCACCAGGCGGGGGUUGCGCCCUCGCUUGCCGCUUGCGUAAGAACCUCCCUUGACAGCGACCCACGGGUCAGUGAUGCCUCAAGGGUCAGUGACCCACAGGUCACUGAGCCGCGGGUCAGCAGCGCAGGACUCCUCUACACUACUCAAAGAAGCAACGCCGCAAAGGUGUACAUUCCCAGCUUUGGAGCCUCCGCCGGCGGCGGCGACGGCAUCAGUAGCAGUACGGCGGUCUUACAACGCAGCGGUAUGUCAGUUCCCACCACAGCCGCCACCGCCGCCAUCGCCGUUGCCCCAGCACAGCUUCUACUCAUUCGCUCGACGGCGACCAGCAGUAGCAGUGGCGACGACUCCGCUGCUGCAUCUGCCGCCACCGCCGCUGUGCUGGCGUCGUCGUCGGCAACGGCAGCCGCGACGUCGCCCUCCGCCGCUGCCCUGCGAGCUCUGAAUCGGGCCGCAGGUUCCAGAAGCGAGCGCAGCGGUGCGGGCUCUGUCAUCGCGGUGUCUCUAGGAGACGGUCUUGCCAGCUCGCCCGCGAGUUCCAGGUUGGCCGGGCUUGACGGGACCGAGUCCGGAUCGGUCGUGUUCAUGACGGCAGCGCCGGCACUGGCAUCAGUGUCGGACGGCGUCACGCGUCGGCUUACCCGGCGGCAUAGCCAGAGCACGGGCGAGUUGGAUGGCGCCGCCGCUACCGCAGGAAGCAGCGAGUCCUUGGGCUUUGGGCUCCCGCUGGGCUGGCGGCAGGGCGUGACGCGGCGGCUGAGGCGGAGUAGUGCCGCCGCUGUUGCGGGUGGGCUUCAAAGCGGUGGAUCACACUCCUCGAGUUUAGCUUGGAAAGCCGCCGCGGACGCGGCAGCGGUUGUUGGUGGUGACGCGGCGGCUGGCUACGGCAUAGGUGGUGGCGGCGACUCUGUUGCCGACGGUGUCGGCGUCCAGGGUUUGGGGCUUGCAGCAGAGGGUCCAGGCGGUACAAGCGCUCAAGAGGAUAUCCUGCGGCUAGAGAGGGCUGGGCCCGUGCAGGGUGGUGCAUUCAGGGUGGGUUCAGCGGCGGCGGCGGCAGUGACUGCUGCUGGCGAGUCGUACGGAUUCCAAGGCGCUGUGCAGGGUUCCUCCUCGCAACGCUUGGCGCAGAUCUCCAAGGAUGCAGACCCCGCCGCUGCCGCUGCCGCCGUCGCCGUCGCCGUCGCCGGCGGCUCCCAUGGCACCGGACGUACUUGUGCGAUACCGUCUACGCAUGCGCUGCCGUACAGCGGCGACACCUUUGUUGGUGCUUGUAGCCGGCGGCGCUCCGGCUCCGGCAACGAAGCUGGCGCUGAUGGCGACGGCGACGGCGACGGCGAUGCCGCUGCAGAUGACGGUACGGAUCGCCCCUCGCAAACGGCCUUGUCGUACAGCGAGCGCACGUCAGCACUUUCGCUAGAAUCGUCACCGUCCGCCACGGACGGAACCUCCACCACGUAUGGCGACCGAGGUAGCGUGACGCGCUUCAGUACUCGUUCGUACUACAGCCACUUGUCGUCGCGUACGGAAACGCUGGAAGCAGAUUACCUGAGCUGGCGUCAGCGGCGCAAGGCAACGAGCUCAUCGCCCUCCUCCGUCACAACUUCCGUCUACCGCCCCGCCUCCCCCUCCGCCUCCAAAUCCAUCUCCGCUUCUCACCGCCGUACACUGGCGGUGGAUCCGCAGAGUCACCGAAGCACCUGGAAAUUCAAUUCCCGAGAUUCUGCUGAAAUUUUCUUGACGCCUUUGGACGACCUGGCCAGCGGCGACGGGACCGGCGGCGGCGGUGCUAGCGCAGCGCUGCUGCAUGCUGGCCGCAGUCGUGUUUUGGAUGUGAACAGGCUGACGCCAGAACGUUGUUCGUCGAUGGCGCCUUCAGACGAUGGAGAUUACGACGACGGAGGCGGAGGCGGAGGCCGAGGCAGCUACGCGCCGUCAGGCGCUGCAGGCCUGCCGACCCGCGGGUCGUCAUGGCGAUCAACAACGGCAGCAAUGGCAGUGGCGCUGGAGCCGCCGCCGGCUUUGCCGCUGGUGCGCUCACGCCGCCGCAGUAGCGCCGUCAUGGCGGCGGUGGCGGAGGCGGAGUUUGAGGCAGAUUCCCCCCGGGGGGCGUGA